UCAAAGAAUGACAACAAUUUGACAUUUAUCAGAAAGAUAUUCCAGUUUUUAGUUUCACAGAGGAAUAAUGAACUGACAGAGACAUCACAGUUCUAUUCUGUGAUAUAUUUCUGUUAAAAUGCACGAAGUGAAAGAUAGUUUGGAUCGGUGAUUGUGUAACAUUUUGUUGACUGUUGGAUUGAGUCGACACCGUGUGCUUGUUGGGCUAGCCCUACCGUAACAUCCGAAUUUAGAUAACUUUUAACACAUAAUAGCUUAGAUUUAGUGAUUUUGUGAAAUUUCCGCAUAAAAAUGGAUGACAUAUUUACGCAGGUUCGAGAGGGUAAUGCGUUUCACGUACGUGUGUGGUUGGACAACACCGAAAAUGACCUAAAUCAAGGUGAUGACCACAGAUUUAGUUUGCUGCACUGGGCUGCAAGAGAAGGUCGUGCUAACAUCUGCGACAUGCUGAUACAGCGGGGAGCAAGGAUUAAUGCCACAAACAUGGGGGACGACACAGCGCUACAUCUGGCGGCUGGACACGGACACAGAGAUGUUGUACUGAUGCUUCUUCACAACAAAGCUAAUGUGAAUGCUAUAAAUGAACACGGGAAUACUCCACUACAUUAUGCAUGUUUCUGGGGCUUUGACGUCAUAGCAGAGGAUCUAGUGAACAAUGGCUGCCUGGUGAGCAUUGCCAACAAGUACGAUGAACUCGCACUGGACAAAGCGAAAACAUACCUUGCCAAAAUGCUCAAAGAAAGAGCAUUGGCACUAGGACAAGACCUGAGUAAAAUACCAUUCAAAGACAGAAGUUGGCUCGGCUAUAAGACUCGUAGUCGCGAUGCCCUGCUCUCCCGACACACUGGUAUCGACAUGUCUCAGCUGCAGCUUGUCGGUCACAUCGCAUCUACACACUCCGGAGAGACAUGGCGAGGGCAGUGGCAAGGCAAUGACAUUGUUGCCAAAAUACUCAGUGUGCAAGAGUGUACUCUUCGCAACUCGAGAGAUUUCCAAGAAGAAUUUCCUAGGCUGAGAAUAUUCAACCAUCCUAACAUCCUGCCGGUCCUGGCGUGUUGCAACCAGCCUCCGAACCUAGUCAUCAUCAGCCAGUUCAUGCCAUUUGGCUCACUGUUCAACACCUUGCAUGGAGAAUCAGGGAUCGUUGUGGAUCAAAACCAGGCUCUACAGUUUGCCAUUGAUGUCGCACAUGGAAUGGAAUUCCUGCAUUCUCUCGAACCCAUGGUGCCCAACUUAGUGCUUCUCAGCAAACACAUCAUGAUUGACGAAGAUUUGACAGCACGAGUCAACAUGGCUGACUAUCGGUUCUCGUUUCAUGAGAAAGGGAAGAUUUAUGAUCCAGCCUGGAUUGCACCAGAAGCCCUCAAGAAUAAGACUGAAGACAUCAACCAGAGGGCGGCUGACAUGUGGAGUUUUGCCGUGCUGCUGUGGGAGCUGGAAACAAGGGAGGUUCCGUUUGCCGACAUGUCACCCAUGCAGACUGGGAUGAAGAUUGCUCAUGAAGGCCUGAGGAUCACAAUCCCGCCGGGAAUAUCGAGUCACAUCUCGCGACUCAUAAAGAUCUGCAUGAAUGAGGAGCCGGGCAAGCGGCCUCGUUUCGACAUGGUCAUUCCCAUCCUGGAGAAGAUGAAACACACUAACUAGAUUGAAUCAGGCGUUAAACACUCUAAUUAGACUGAGUCAGGCUUCACAUCCUGGAGGAGAUGAAACACACUAAUUAGACUAAGUCAGGCUUCACAUUUUGGGAAAUUAACACUUUGAGAUGCUGACUGCCAUCUUUGACAAGAUCAAAUUAUCUUACUAAACUGCUAUGCUUCAGGAAUAGGUAGUGAACCCUGUCUAUAAAGACCACCCAGUAAAUGCAGGCAGGUCAGAGAAAUUCGAUAUCCAAGUGCUGUGACAUCUGCACUGGCUACUUGUAACAUCUAAGUGUUUUCACUUCAUAACUAAGAUGUUGUGUUGCUUGAUGGAGGUCCUUAUCAUACCCACCUAAUACAAGGAUAAAAAGAAUUCUAUUUUGAAUGACAAACAGUGGAUGUGUUUUUUAUCUUCAUUUUGUUUUUCAUGAAUAUUUUUCACAUAGUGCAUUGGAUGAUCUGAAAAAAAAAAAAAAAAUCUUUAUUUUAGUAUAGUAUGAAAAGUUUUGCCCUUUAUAAAGAACAUAUUUUGAGGUUUUCAUUUUUAAUGGAUCUCACAUCCUUGAAUAAAGGUUUUGUAUGUGUGGGUUUUUGAGUAGAUGAAAAAUAGAAUCAUUUUGCUAUUCUAGAUUAGUAUGGUUUUAUAAUAGACAAAUGUCUUAUUCAAGGUGGUCUUUAUAGGCAGGUAAAGAGAACCCUCUGAAGCAAGUUUAGUUGUAGUUUGUAGCAGUCAUAGUAUAUUACCUCACUACAAGAUUAGUUACACCAGUUACUUUAGUAACUUCAAGCUGGUUUCACUAAAUGUAAAUUAAACUCGGUGUUUAAUUUGGUGUGCAUCUACUUAAUCUUAUAAUUCAGGCCAGUAGUUAUGUAUUGCUAACUCAUCUAAAGCUUAUGGCAUGGUCUCACAGUGUGACUUGUAGUAACGAUUUGUUGUGUAUGAACACAAGAAGUGAUUUAUUGUCACAUUGUGUAUUACGCAGGAAAGGGAAAAUAUCGGUGUAUAAAUAUAUGUAAGAAUUCCAAAAAUAGAUUUGACUGGUUAAGAACUUGUGUUGUGUUGUAGGCUAUAUGACAACUUCUGUUGGUUUACUUCACAACUUAAGUGAAUAAAUGAAUGUUUAAUGACACCCCAGCACGAAAAAUACAUUGGCUAUUGGGUGUCAGAUCACAAGUUAAGUAUGCAAUAAGAAACUUAAUAAUAUUGGCACUUCUAUAUAUGUGAUUCUAUGUUACAAAUUGUUACUACAACAACAUGUCUGAAUGUAGCUUUAACUUGAAUGAAGACAUUGUUAUGGUGCUAUUGUCUGUGUGUUAUGGAGAAAGUUCUCAAACACGACUAGUCCCAUGGAAAGCAGGCUUGAUGGGGAAUAUUGCAUUAUAUAUGUUUAAGAGAUGAUUCUGGCUUAGUACUACAUGUAUGAUGCAUUAGUUCUAUAUUUUCAAACCAAGUACAUUUAUCUGGAGACUACAAACCCCAUCAUUGAAGUUCCAACACUGCAAUAUUCUUUAAGGUUUUUUUUAUAUGAAUGUUUGCCAUAUUCCUUUGUUGAAACAUUUUAGAAUGGAAAAUGGAUGUGCUAUUGCUUUUCAUAUGCACACGAUCAUUGCCAAGUAGAGGCUUUCACAUAACCUGACUGUUUUUAAAUUGGGCAUAAUGUGGUCUGACACUAAGACAGAUAGCAGUAUGAUAUUGUUUAGAAAACAGAAUGAUGAAGUUAUAUUCCAAGAAAUAGCACACACACAGAAUCAUUGUUGUGUUGGAUUUCUUGUAUCCUUGUUUAGACAUAUUUACAAAUGCAAUGAGAUGCAGUGCCUUUUAGUUGUAUUUCAAAUGUUAAAUUUUAUUGACACAUUUUCGUCCAUACAUACAUUCUCCUGUGAUAGGCAGUAAUUUAUAACUUGUGGGUCAAGUCUUUGAAAUUAAUAAAAUAAUCUGGAGAAACAUGUUAAUAUUUAAAGGUACAAUGUACAAUUAAUUAGGUUUUUGUCCCACAGUUAAUACAGUGUGGUCAGUCAUUUUAAUUUAGUGUGGUUAACAGAUUUAUUACUUGCUAGGGGAGUCUUAUACAUCAUGUAUGGUAAAGUAUAAACUGACAUAAAACCAAUACUGUAAUAGUUGAUUGUUUAGAUAGAUGACAUAUUUUGUAUUAUUAUUUAUAUUUUAUGUUCAUAUAUAUAUACAUGUAUAUACUUUUCAUUAUUGCUGGUUAUGUUCCGAUGUAAUGGAUAUGUGUUUUCAGCAUUCAAAUUUAUAUCAUCUAGCAAAAGCAAUUUAAUACAGAUAAUAACAAAGUAAAUACAUGGUAAUGAUAAACAUGCCAUUACAGAUACAUUUUGCAAUGUUUUGUAGCGACACUAUUGAGUGCUGUCACGAAAUUCGAGGAAUGCAAAUUUCUGUUGUAAAUAUGAUAUAUGUCAUGGCAUGCAGUCAGUGAUUUAUUUAUUUAGGGUGCAUUUAAUGUCAUGGUAAAAUCCAUUAAUUAUAAUAUGGUUGGAUGAAUCAUUUUCAUUUGCUAACUACAAUCAGAAAUAAAUAAGUACUUCAGAAAGCACUUAUUUGUUUUCUUAUCACACUAUCCUUGAGACUUUAAGUAGUUUUGUCCAUAGAUAUAAAAUAAUGUUACAGUAUUCUCUGAACUAGCUUGUACUCUGUCUUGUACUGAUACGAAUUUGACUACAACCUGUCCCACCAAGCAUCAUGGACAUUUGAAAAACAAACAUUAAUAACUUAUAGACAGAUGGUCCGCCUAGAAUCAACAUUUUAGCUGUGUAAUUAAGAUUUAAAACAAAAAUAUUUCCAUUGAACAUGCCGAAUAAAAGUCUUAACUAAGAGGUUUGACAGAUAUUUGAUGACAAAUUUGAUGAAGUUAUAAUGGUCAUUCAAGAAUAGUUGUAACAAAUAAUAGUAUUUGUAAGUGCCAUGACAAAAUAAUUGAGGUGAAAUAUUUGAUUGAAUGAUUUGUUAAUGACCUGAUACUGUGAAUGCAAGAAGUCAAAACUAUUACACUGCCAGAUGAUUUUCUUUUCUUUUGCAUAAUGGAUGUUGCAUAAUGUAGGAUAGAUGUGAAAGAGUUUCCAUUUCAGAAAGAGUUUGACCCGUACCCCUCUAUAUCAAAGGCUCUAAAGACUAACCCUAACCCUAUCCUUAUCCCUAAAACUACCCUAACCAUUGAAAGGGGGAUACGGGUCGAACUCCUGCCUCCAUUUCAAGACUAAGGCAUCUCACUGACCAUAUAGUACAGUUUAUUACUUUUACAGUAGGUAAAAGGGUUUAUAAAUACAGACCUACACCAACAAUGUAAAUGGGUGUUAACCAAAGCUGGUCACCAUUUUGGGCAUUUCUCCAACUGUGUUUAGUUUGGAUUAUUUUCUUAUGUGGAUGUGUAUCGGUUGAGAGUAGAACAUUAUAUAGUUUUAUCAGUAGUGGCAUAUUGGUAAUACAGCAGAUGGGAUGGGGUUUGGUGGGGUGUUAGUAUGCAACAGAAAUCCAUUUUUCUUUUUGCAUGCAAUGCACAUAAUCUAAGCCAAGAAAAUAGCCAGGAAGCAUGUUUUUACUAGUCAAUCACUAAACUUGGGUUUGAAUGUGACAUAGCUUGAAGAUCAAAAAUAUUUUACGGAAAUCAAAGGAUGUCACAUUACUAGAACAAAAAGGUUUAUGAUCUAAAUGCUUAUAUAUUGAAAACAUACCAAAGAUUAAGUUUGUAAUUAAGAUCUGUUUGUUUUCCAUAUACUGUAUUUCAUAAAAUUCAGCAAAAUCCAUAUUAGUGACAUAAAACUUUAGCAAGGUUGGCAUAUCAGAUAAAACAUUUUUUAAUUAGGAUUGGCUGAAAGAAAUCUUUUGAUGUAUUUUGAUAUUAUGGUUGACAUUAUGCUGCUUACAGACAUUUUAAAUUUAGUAACAAAUUGCAGUAAUUUGCAUGCCAACUAACUAUUGUUGUUGGCUGUCCUUUUGGUUUAAUCGAUAGUAUGUAACCAUUAUCGUGUGUUCAGUUAUUCACUGACAAAAUAAUCACACAAAAGUGUUUUGGAACAGUCUAUUUUUUGUCUCUUUAAAUUUAGUGUCAUGAAAUUUUUUUUAGCGUUUUGUAUGGAAUUGCAAACUUUGCUAACAUCUUAUACUUGCUAACAUUUCCUGAUUGACAGUAAAUGUAGAUUUGUUUCUAAAGGACAAUAAGUUUGUUAGUUGAAUGAAUAACAAGUGUAAAAUCGUAAUAGGGGGUCUACACCACAGUUGUGGGAUAAUGUUUACAUAAAAACUGUAAAGUAUAGAGCAGGACUGACUUGUACACAUAAAUACACAUUUUCAUUGUUGUUUAGGGUUUACAUUAUCCUCAUUAAAUUGAUUAAUAUAUUUCUUUGUUUUUUGCCUGUGCAGCUAUCUGCUGUUUAGUGGUUCAAAUAUUUGUCAGUAGUAUGUGUGUGUCAAGUGAGUUUUGCUGUAGCUAAAAAUCAGUUAUUUUAUUGUGUAUUGUUAUAUUCAUCAAUGUCUUCCAGUCAAUUUUGUAACUUUGCUUACAUCAGGAAUUUGGGUGUCAUAUGUGUUCUUGCUGGCAGCAAAAUAUUUGUAAUGUAGUAUUAUUUUGAGUGCUAAAAAUGCUAUAUUUUAAUUUUGCAUAACAUUUUGAAAAUUCGAUAUUAGCAUUUACCAUAAUAAUGGGAACUUUAAAAUACUAUACAAGUAUGGAUAAUAAUUAUGAUGCAUUUUUUUCAAAUGGAAACACCAGUGUUAAUGUUUGGAAUUUUAAAAAAGAUUUUUUCAUAAUUAUUUAAAGUUGAAUAUUAAAAAAAAAUAACCACAAAUCACGGCAUGUGAAUAUGCAUUGGCUAACCUUGUUCCCUUUUUGAGAGAUGAUUUUAAAAACCAACAAUUGGAGGUGGGGACACAGCGAAAAAUAUACUAAAUUUGUUACUUGAAUAAAUUUGUUAGUUACUGUAUUAUGUAGCUAUUACAUAGUGUAUUUUUGUUUUGUAUGACCAGUAUAUUUUAUACAUGACAGUUAGACCACGCUUGUAUGAUGUGGCUGGUUAAAAUACGGCCAGAUAACAUAACUCAUUUCAGUAAUACAAAUUAUACAUGCAUGUCUUUAUAGUCAGCCGCAUGUUCAUUAUAUCUCAUGUCGUUUGCUUGUUUGCUUAUUUAUUGAAUUUCAAAUAAAGUGAACAUUAUUA